AUGAUUAUUAGUAUUGAUUCAUAUCGUGAUAUAAAUAUAAAUAUAAAACAUAAACAAGUAUCAGUAGCAGCAUUUGUUGCAACAACAACACAAGAAUUAGUUAAUGGUACAAGUGUUUGUCAUUUGAGUAGACCUAAAUGGGAAGUGAUUAUUGUUAAAAACAAAAAAGAAGUCGAUUGUUCAAGAUUUUUUGCUAAGAAUACUCAUCAAUUAUAUAAUCCACCACCAGGAACAAUUAUUGAUCAUACAAUAACACAUCAAAAUUGGUUUCAUUUUUAUCUUAUUUCACAAUGUGCAAAACAAGGUACAGUAGCACUAACACAUUUUUAUGUUAUUUGGAAUCGAACAACAUUUAAAGUUGAUCAUAUUCAACGACUCACAUUUAAAUGCCACCUUUAUUAUUAUCGGCCAGGUACAAUUCGAGUACCAAUGAUUUGUCAAUAUGCUCAUAAACUUGCUUAUCAUGUUAGUCAAUUUCUUCAUCAAGAUUUUCAUCAUGAUCUUUCAAAUAAACCUUUCUAUUUAUAG